AUAUCGGUGCAUCAGUGCUGCCAGAAAUCUCUGAACAUAAUGGAUCAACAGCGGAUCAAGGCCUAUAAGAUUGCCUCGUAUUCAGCAAUAACUUUUUCGGUGAUUGCCGUACUGUCAGUGUGUAUUGCUUUACCAAUGAUACACAGUUAUGUUACAAAUUUACAAGCUCAAAUGGCUAACGAAUUAGCUUUCUGUCAUAAUUCAGCCAGAGAUAUUUGGACUGAAGUUGGUGUGCUAAAACGUUACGAGGUAACUACAAACAGGACUGCUCGACAGGCAUAUAACUGCGACGAGUGCUGCUCUGGCGGUGAACCAGGACCGAAAGGACCGCCUGGACGUCCUGGAAAGCCUGGGAAACCAGGAGCUCAGGGGCCACCAGGAAAACCUGGAAAACCCAAUACCGAGCCAUGUGUACCAUUGACUCCCCCGCCAUGCAAACCAUGUCCAGCUGGUCCAGCUGGCAUACCAGGUUUACCAGGACCUGUGGGCGACCAAGGGCCAGAUGGACUUCCAGGAUUGGAUGGACCUGACGGUCCUCCUGGCCCGCCAGGUCCAGUUGGCGAACCAGGUUUACAAGGACUGCGAGGUAUGAUGGGUCAAAUGGGUGAGAGAGGAGAAGACGGAGUCUACGAACAUAUUAUGGGUGAACAAGGACCACCUGGUGAUGUUGGACCCCCAGGUCCUCAGGGACCACAAGGGCCGCCAGGACCAUGUGGACCUCCUGGACCUCCUGGACCUCCAGGACAAGCAGGUCCGGAUGGCGAACCAGGCCAAGAUGGACCUCCAGGCCCUCCAGGAGCAAUGGGAGCUCCUGGCGAAGAUGGCGGAAUCUGUCCAACAUAUUGUGCAAUAGACGGUUCAGCCACAUACGAAGACGGUUAG